AUGGAGGAAUACAUCAAGGAGGCGCUGGGUCAAGGUUACAUCCGUCCAUCUAAUUCCCCUGCUGCAUCGAGCUUCUUCUUCGUGGCCAAGAAGGACGGAGAUGACAUCCUCAUCUACUCCCGGAGCCAGUCCGAACAUCGACAGCACAUUGCGGAGGUCCUCCAACGCCUGAGAGAGCACCACCUAUUCCUCAAGGCUGAAAAGUGCACCUUCCACCAACCCACGGUGCAAUUCCUGGGGUAUAACAUUGAUCGUACCGGUAUCCAGAUGGACGAGGGGAAGGUGGAAGCUAUAACCUCCCGGCCAGAACCCACUACAAUUAAAGAGCUCCAACAAUUCCUCGGAUUUGCCAACUUUUACCGUCGCUUCAUUCUAGACUACAGCAGGAUCACCAGCCCCCUCACCAACCUACUCCGAGGGAAACCCAAGUCUCUGUCCUGGACACCCGCAGCCUUAGAAGCUUUCUCCUCCCUCAAGAGAGCCUUCACUAGCGCCCCACUCCUAGUCCAUCCAGAUCCCGACCUCCCAUUCGUCGUGGAAGUCGACGCCUCCACUACAGGAGUGGGGGCAGUGUUGGUGGAGGCCGGUUUCCAGAAAGUCCUGCAGGUGGAUCUGGAGGUCAACGGGUUGUUGGAUCCUCUGGGAAGUCGUUCAGUGACAUGGCAGAUUGAGUACCCCAUCUCCCGAACCCUUUCAGAUGAGAUCCAGACACUCAUCCGUCUGGCACCACAUGACCUCGGGGGAAUCGUGCCAUUGGCUAUGGAGACAGAGAUCCUUAACACCGCAGUGCUCACCGGGAAGACUGUUGCCAUGCCAGUGAAGGUGGUCACCGUUGGAACCGAAGGUACCGUGACCGAUGUAACCGAGUCGAUGGAAUGUCGCUCGACAGACGAGGAUGUGGUUAAGGUGUCUGAAAGGUGCGAUUAUGUUUACGUCAAUGGCAAGGAGAUGCGUGGGAGAGUGAGGAUGAUGGUGAACUUCACCUACAGUUACCUCAGUGCUCAGCUGGAGGUGAGCGUAUGGAUGCCUCGACUCCCCCUGCAGAUCGAGAUGUCCGAUCCGGAGCUUAGUCAGGUCAGGAGCUGGAAAGUUCCUGUAGAUGCUACCAACCAGAGAUCUGGAGAGGAUGACGGGGUUGAAGGAGCCAAGAAGGAUCGGAGCUGUGGUCCACAGUACCAGAGCACCACCGUUCGUGUGCUCACACACUUUGAGGCACAGCCAGAGGAAUGGCAGGGCCAGCCAGACUUCCUCUUGGGCAGUGAUUGGCAGGUGGACGUGACAGAGUUGGUGGGAGACUCUUUAAGGGUGGCAGAUGAACGCGUGGCCAAGCUGUCAGAAGAACAGGUCCUCAUCGGUCUGAACACUGGCAUCACCAAGGUUCAGGUGAUGUCCCCAUUGUCAGACUCUGUUCUGGCUGAGAGGAUGAUCCGGGUUCUGGAUGAUAAAGUCAGUAUUACAGAGCUGGGCGUGCAGCUGGUUUCUGGCCUUUCCUUGAACCUUCAACUCAGCCCAGGAAGCAACAGGGCCAUUGUGGCCACGGCUACCACACAGGAGACAAUGCACAGUGCUAAUUUGGAGUCCCUUGUCAGUGCUUGGCUUCAGUUCAGCGAUGGCUCCAUGACCCCUCUUGACCUCUAUAACCCUGCACAUUUUGUCCUUACGGCCACCUCGUUGGAUGACCAGGUGGUGACAGUAAAGAAAAGCACCAACUGGAGGUGGCCAGUGGUGGUGGCUAAGGGUGAAGGUCAAGGCAUGUUGGUUCGUUUGGAGAUGUAUGGACCUGAAUCAUGCCAAAAAACCAAGCGGCGCACAGUUCUGGCCGCAGGCAACGCAAACGUCCAUGUGAAAUUUGGGCGUGAUGAAGAAACAGGAAACAGCUCAAGCGACAGGAGGUACAGGCCCAAUGCCCCAUACUACGGUGGUUCGAUUUCAGACAUGGAGGCUGGAAUCAUGAACCGAGGCGCUACCACCAUUAAAACCUCCAUUCCAGGGAAAGCAAGCGGCGACAGGCUCUCAGCUGGUGAUAUUCCAAUGGAUUUCUCCGAAUUCCCAGCUCAAGCAGACCUUCCACCUGGACGUAACAUGGAGGAUGACCUGCUGCAGACUCGCCGCGGGCUUUCAGACCUGGAAAUAGGCAUGUACGCCCUGCUAGGUGUCUUCUGCCUGGCCAUCCUGGUAUUCCUAAUCAAUUGUGUCUCCUACGCCCUCAAGUAUCGCAACAAGCAGCUCCCACUGGAGGGCCAGGAGACCAUGGCUCAUGCCCACGACUGGGUUUGGUUAGGCCAUGACACUGAGCUUUUAGAAAGUCAGGCGGGUUUAUGUCUGGAUCAAGAGGAGUUGGGUGGCACCAUGGACUCCGGGCUGGGCCUGGAGGAAGGUAGCCAGCUCCUCAAUGGCCUUUCCUCUCAGAAGAGUGUUCAAGGCCAAGUCCACAGGUCGGCCUCUGACUCAGGUUGCGCUGGGAGAGAUCACAAGAGCGAGUCCAUAAACUCACCCACUACCAAAAGGAAGCGGGUCAAGUUCACCACUUUCAGCCAUAGCAAGCCCAGCAAUGGCUGCCCAUCCAUAAGCCCGCUUCUCAUUGGUCAGAACGACAUCAAAUGGGUAUGCCCAGACAUCGAGCUUGGGGACUCCAAAGAGCUCCGAAAUUACAUGGAAAGGUUAAACGAAAAUGCUACUAAGAACAUUGCAUAGAGGGCUUGUAGUUAUGUAUUUUUCAGACAAAAGCGUAGCUCACCCAUAUGCCUUCUAGGUAAGGAGGUGGUGGUGGUGGAGUGGAGGGUGGAUGGGUUGGCCUGACUCUUCUACACUCAGACAAACUCACAUCUCACCGUGAAAAGACAAGCCAUUCAUCUGGUCUUGUUUCCAUGGCAACUGUCAUGAGGGUUCAUCAUCAGGAACGAAGGAAAACAGAGAUGGUUGUGAAACCGCUGAGGAUGUGAGAACAUUGG